GCUGCGCCCAUGAUUGUUUACAAAUAGACCCAGAUUUUAUAAUAAGAUCAGAUUGAAGUAACUUUUUUUUAAGUACAUGUGUAUUUUAAUAACAAAAUGAGCAAUAUAUACAUCAACGAACCACCCACAUCUGGCAAGGUUUUGCUAGAAACUUCUGCUGGUGAUAUAGAUGUUGAAUUAUGGUCUAAAGAAACACCAAAAGCUUGUCGGAACUUUAUUCAGCUAUGUAUGGAAGGUUAUUAUGAUGGUUUGAUAUUUCAUCGAGUAGUUAAAGAUUUUAUAGUACAAGGUGGAGAUCCAACAGGUACUGGUGAAGGUGGUGAAUCUAUCUAUGGGAAACCUUUUAAAGAUGAAUUUCAUUCAAGACUCAAAUUCAACAGAAGGGGUUUGGUUGCCAUGGCAAAUGCUGGUGCUCAUGAUAAUGGCAGUCAGUUUUUCUUCACAAUGGCACCUGCACCAGAAUUACAAAAUAAACAUACCAUAUUUGGUAAAGUGGCUGGUAAUACUGUCUAUAAUAUGAUAAAGUUGCAAGAAUCUGAAGUAGAUGGCAAUGAAAGACCAUUUCAUCCUUACAGAAUCAUCAAAACACAGGUAUUAUCAAAUCCAUUUGAUGAUAUUAUACCAAGAGUUUUAAAGAAGAAAAAAGACAAGACAGAAGCUGUCAAACCUAAAAGCCAAUCUAAAGCAACAAAAAAUUUUAAUUUGUUAUCUUUUGGCGAAGAAGCAGAAGAAGAUGAAGAAGAAAAUGUUCAGGUUACAAAGGAUAUGAGGAUUAAGAGUAAAAGUAGUCAUGAUUUAACAGAUGAUCCUAGAUUAAGUUCUAAACCAGCUGUAGAAAUUAAAUCAGAUGAUAAAAAUGAUAAAGUUAUGAAGAAAGUUGAGAGUGGAGAUGAUUCUAAUUCCUCAGAUACACAACCUGAAGACAAGAAACAUAAUUUAACUUCUGUUAAGAAAAAGAAAGAGAAAUCUGAUAUAGAGCCCAUUACAAAAAGUAGAAGUGAACUGUUAAAAGAAGAAAGUAAAAAGUUAAGAAAAGAAUUAAAAAGAGGUUAUAAAGAUAACGAUGAGACAGAGGAAGUAAUAAAGAAUCCAGCAUUAGAAGAAUAUAAAAAAGAACAAGAGAAAUAUGAAAAAACCAGAAGAACUAUAGGAAAGAAAGGUGGAAAUAGAGAAGAUAUGACAUUACUGAUGUUAUCUAAGUUUAAAGAUAAAUUAGAAUCAGUUAAAACUAUUGGUGAAAAUCAUUACAUUUCUCAUUGCAGGAUGAGACAUAAACUACAGUUUGAUGAGAAACGGAAUAAAGUAUUAGAUGCUAAUGUACAUGAUAGUGAUAGAUAUGAAAUAUACGACCCUAGAAAUCCAAUGACUCAACGUAGAAGAGAGGCCAGUAAACAAAAACAUAAAGACAAAGAUUGAUAAAAAACUUUAUUUACUUUGGAAUUUAGUCAUUCAAAAUGGCAAAGAAUGUCAAAGAAAGAGAGGAUAUAUUUCAACUAGUGAUUUCAGAUGAAGCAUUUUAGCUGGCCUGCUCUUAUCUUUUAUUCUUAGUGCCCUGAAAGACACUAUCUAUGCUUGUGAAGUUCACAGUUUUGACUUGAUGGUGUUGGAUGGCUUGCUAAAGCAUUGCCCUUGACUAUUUCGAGAUCUACCUGAAAAUCAUGGCUGACAUAUUAUUGCUUGUUAACAAACUGCUACAGUAGGCCUAUUUAUUGAUAUGUCACUCAAAUUGGUAUGUUGUAUAAAAGGCGAUUUUGAUCUUUCUAAAUGUAAUUAGAUUGAAACAUUUGUUAUAUUCUGUUAAUAUUGGGAAAUAAAGUAAUAUUCACUUGU